GUUACAUAUACGCACAUAUAUACAAAAAAAAAAGAGUGUUUAUAUCAACAAUAUUAAAAACAGAUGCACCAAAGGAGGGAAAAUAUAUAGCAUUAAAGGACUCCAUAUACAGGCUGCUAAGGUAUUUUCUAAAAAUCCUUUUCUUUUUCUAGUAGUAAAUCACAUGAAAUGCCGCCAAAGGAGAAUAAGAUAAAAAGGGCUUCCUCUCGACCAUCAUCUCUCGGGACGGCAACGCUUACAGAUUUGUCUCGCAAACAGAACUCGUCACCACAAAGAAGAAGUUUGGUAACAACAAAUCUCAAACCUAGCUCUAAAAAAAAGGUGAACAGGCCGACGGAAGGAAAUCGCACGAACAGUAGCUCAGGCUCUUCAAAAGAGUUACCUUUUUCGUUCCCACCCAAAGAAGGGAAGGAGCGGAAUCGCUCAGAGCAGACCCCCAAGGAAGUUGAUGGUAUCUCAGGUGGCGAUGACCAAAAUCCAUCUCGUCCACGCGCUCUCGAGACGCUGACGGAUCGCCUAACGAAAUCUCUCGCAGGUUUACAAAAUAACCUCGAUGGGAUGAAGGAGCGCAUAAAGGUGUUGGAAGAGCAAAAAAACGUUGUCGAAUCCGUAGGAUGGAGUGUGAAUGCCUCCAAGGAAAAGUGGUCCCAAAAUCAUGAUCUUACUCGCAUUAGACAAGAGAGGGUACAACUGGAGAAUGAAAUCGAAAAAACGAACCGCACCAUUCAAAAUUUGCUUGCUUUAUCCGAUCGCCUUGAGGAGAUCCAUCAGCAUCAGCUGAAAAACCUCACCAGUUCAAGGCAAAAACUUGAGCUGGAGAUCAAAAACCUGGAAUUAGAAAAGCAGAUGAACGCGUCGAUCAUUCGCGAGGGAUUUGUGAAACGGAUUCACUUGCUUCAUCGAUAUUGGCCCUGGCGACAACUCGUCGAGCUCGGCAGUACAAAUGUAGGGGCAACUUUCGAGGAGGAGCUCAAGCGAGGCCCGCGCUACCGUCACGUGGGUGUGCAAAACAACAUUCGAAUUGAUUAUCUUGGGCAACAUAUCAAAUGGUUAGAAACCCUUAAAUCGAGCGAAAAUGCGUUUCAAAAUCGGAUCUGGCAACUCGAAAAAUUCGUUGAGGAUCUUUACGAUAUCAAUAGUAUGAUUGAAGACUCGCUUUCGUGCAAAGUGUGCGGGUUGCUAUACGAUGAGCCCGUUAUUUUCUGGCCAUGCGGACAUUCCUUUUGUUAUGACUGUUUUGGGUCCUUAGCGAUCGCUCCAAGCCUUUACCGCUGCUCGGUCUGUGGUAGUAUCGAUAGUGAAGGAUUUCUGCAUAACUUGCUUUUAGCAGAUACUGUGGCGAAGUGGAUGUUUAAGGAUCUAGGUUUUAACAGCAUCCAGACACCUCUUAGUGGUGUUCGUAUUCAUCUCUCGCGCUUACAAAGAUUUAACACUGAUACCAAGCUAGCCAAACUGAAAGAACUUCUGAAGCAACAAUUUUUAAAGACAAGCAAAAAUGGCGCGUCUGAUAACGACUCUAUUACGAUUUCAUAUCGGAUGUACUAA